AAACCGCCUCAUUAGCCCAAGGAUGAAACUCCUCUGAUCACCACCAUUAACGGACGCCUCCUUUCUCCUAUCUCCUUCUUCUAGGGUUUACAUAUAAAUACAUAUAUGGCAGCUAUAAGCACACAAUUACAUUGAGAUUCAGUCUAUUUUCUGUGUCAUCUCUCUGUUUAAAGCGAACGUUUCGAUCGUAGCUGUGAGAGAAAACCAUGCCUCGGCGGCGAGACGAGGACGAGGACGAUCUGGAGCCAGAGGAGGACGAAGAGGAGGCUUAUGAUGAGGAAGAGGAUGAAGACGAAGGACGAGGUGGCCGGAAGCGGCGGCGGAGAUCGAGUUUCAUAGACGACGCUGCAGAGGAGGACGAUGAAGAGGAAGAGGAAGAUGAUGAGGACGAUUACGAUGGCGGUGGUGGGCGUCGUCGUGCUAAGAGGAGGUCGGGGUCGGAGUUUUUUGAUCUCGAAGCCGCGGUAGACAGCGAUGAGGACGAGGAGGAAGAAGAAGGCGAAGACGACUUCAUAGUAGAGAGCGGAGCUGACCUACAGGAUGAAGAGGAUGGUAGAAGGUUGCAUCGUAGGCCGAUGCUUCCACGUGAGGAUGACCAGGAAGAUGUUGAAGCUCUUGAGAGAAGCAUACAGGCAAGAUAUGCAAGAUCAAGUCAUGCAGAAUAUGACGAGGAGACGACAGAUGUAGAACAGCAAGCUCUUUUGCCAUCCAUUAGGGAUCCAAAAUUGUGGAUGGUGAAAUGCGCGAUCGGUCAUGAGCGGGAGGCAGCUGUUUGCCUAAUGCAGAAGUGCAUAGAUAAAGGAACUGAGUUGCAAAUAAGAUCAGCUAUAGCACUUGAUCAUCUCAAAAACUAUAUAUAUAUUGAAGCAGACAAAGAAGCCCAUGUGAGAGAGGCUAUCAAGGGCAUGCGUAAUAUAUAUUCUGCUAAAGUAAUGCUUGUCCCAAUCAAAGAAAUGACUGAUGUACUUUCAGUAGAAAGCAAAGCAGUUGAUCUUUCCAGGGAUACAUGGGUGAGAAUGAAGAUUGGGACAUAUAAAGGUGACCUUGCAAAGGUUGUAGAUGUGGAUAAUGUGCGCCAGAGAGUUACAGUGAAAUUAAUUCCAAGGAUUGACUUACAGGCCCUUGCAAGUAAAUUGGAAGGUAGGGAAGUUCCAAAGAAAAAGGCAUUUACUCCUCCGCCACGUUUUAUGAACGUUGACGAAGCUAGAGAAAUGCAUAUUCGUGUAGAGCGUAGACGAGAUCCAAUGACUGGUGAUUACUUUGAGAAUAUAGGAGGGAUGAUGUUCAAAGAUGGUUUCUUAUAUAAAACAGUAUCCAUGAAAUCAAUCAGCACUCAGAAUACUCAACCAAGUUUUGAUGAACUCGAGAAAUUUCGGCAACCUGGUGAAAAUGGGGAUGGUGACAUGGCUAGUUUGUCAACUCUCUUUGCAAACAGAAAGAAAGGCCAUUUUAUGAAGGGUGAUCGAGUUAUCAUUGUCAAAGGUGAUCUUAAGAAUUUGAAGGGGUCGGUUGAAAAAGUUGAGGAAGAUACUGUUCAUAUCAAACCAAAUGAGAAGGGCCUUCCGAGAACUCUUGCUAUUAGUGACAAAGAACUUUGCAAGUACUUUGAACCUGGAAAUCAUGUCAAGGUUGUAUCUGGUGCAACAGAAGGUGCAACUGGUAUGGUAGUUUCGGUUCAAGGGCAUGUCGUAAAUAUAGUUUCUGAUACAACAAAGGAACUUAUUCGUGUUUUUGCUGACAAUGUUGUGGAGAGCUCUGAGGUAACAUCUGGUAUUACACGAAUUGGAGAGUAUGAGCUUCACGAUCUUGUGCUGCUGGAUAAUAUGAGCUUUGGUGUUAUCAUACGUGUGGAGAGUGAAGCUUUCCAGGUUCUUAAGGGGGUCCCAGAUCGACCGGAGGUUGCACUUGUUAGAUUAAGAGAGAUCAAAUACAAGAUUGAGAAGAAAACAUGCGCACAGGAUCGGUCCAAAAACACGAUAUCGGUGAAAGAUGUCGUCAAAAUUCUUGAGGGUCCAUGCAAAGGGAAACAAGGUCCUGUUGAACAUAUCUUUAGAGGAGUUUUGUUCGUCUAUGAUCGUCAUCACCUUGAGCACGCUGGCUUUAUUUGUGCGAAAUCCCAAUCCUGUGUGGUGGUUGGUGGAUCACGUGCAAACGGUGAUAGAAACGGUGGUUCCUUGGCUUCAAGAUUCUCCCAUUUCAAAACUCCACCUCGUGUUCCCCAAUCUCCAAGAUUGCCUAGAGGAGGUCCACCUCUGCAUCCUGGAGGAAGGCAUAGGGGUGGAAGAGGGCAUGACGCUUUAGUUGGUGCGGCUAUUAAAGUUCGCCAGGGUCCGUACAAAGGCUACAAGGGCCGUGUUGUAGAUGUUAAAGGCCCCUCUAUCAGGGUUGAAUUGGAGUCCCAGAUGAAGGUUGUUACAGUUGAUCGCAAUCAUAUUUCUGAUAACGUGAAUGUCUCAACUCCAUUCCGGGACACAUCUCGAUAUGGCUCGGGAAGUGAGACCCCUAUGCAUCCUUCACGAACUCCUCUACAUCCAUAUACGACUCCUAUGAGAGAUCCUGGAGCAACUCCUAUUCAUGAUGGAAUGAGGACGCCUAUGCGUGACAGAGCAUGGAAUCCUUACACACCAAUGAGCCCACCAAGGGAUAACUGGGAAGAUGGGAACCCUGCUUCUUGGGUGGCCAGUCCACAGUAUCAGCCAGGAAGUCCUCGCUCACGAACCUAUGAAGCACCUACUCCGGGUUCAGGUUGGGCUAACACUCCCAGUGGCAGUUAUAGUGAAGCUGGAACACCCAGAGAUAGCAGUCCUGCUUAUGUAAAUGCUCCAAGCCCUUACUUGCCAUCAACUCCUGGUGGGCAGCUGCCCAUGACACCAAGUUCUGCAUAUCUACCUGGUACGCCUGGUGGACAGCCAAUGACACCUGGAGGUGGUGGGUUGGAUAUUAUGUCACCUGUAGUAGGUGGGGACAAUGAAGGGCCUUGGUUGUUACCGGAUAUAUUGGUCAAUGUACGCAGGUCCGGUGACGACACCAUUGUGGGAGUCAUUAGGGAUGUGCUUCCGGAUGGCUCUUGUAGGAUAGCUUUAGGUUCAAGCGGCAAUGGUGAGACGAUCACUGCACUUCCUAGUGAUAUUGAGAUUGUGACACCCAGGAAGACGGACAGAGUCAAGAUUUUGGGUGGUGCACAGCGUGGGGCGACUGGAAAACUGGUUGGUGUUGAUGCCGCUGAUGGAAUAGUUAAGGAAGAUGACACUCUCGAUAUUCAUAUAUUAAACAUGAGCAUUUUGGCAAAACUAGCAUAACCAUGAUGACCUUUUUUUUUUUUUUUGCCAUCUCAUAACCAUGAUGACUAGAAACGAUGAAGACACUGAAAAAAAAAAAUGGUGAAUAGAAAUGGUGUAAAAGUCCAGGCCGGGCCUUGGUGGCAGAUAGCAAUUUCAUAUAAUUUAAUGUAUAUGCUUGUUGCCUCAAUUGCUCAUUUUGAAUGAUUAUGUGAAGGAUAACUCCUAUUUUUUAUCUUAAAACAGUGGCU